AGCCCCACGCACGCGCCCUCGCUCCCGGCGGUCACGCUCGCGCGCACUUCUCUCCACCCGCGAGCCCUCGACGACCAACGUCCAGGUCCCUGUGAAACCCGGUCGCACCAUGUCUUCGCCUCCCGAGGGGAAGCUAGAGACGAAAGCUGGACACCCGCCCGCCGUGAAAGCCGGUGGGAUGCGAAUUGUGCAGAAACACCCGCAUUCUGGAGACCCCAGAGAGGAGAAGGACAAGGGUGACCAGGAGUGGGAAAGCCCCAGUCCGCCCAAACCGACCGUGUUCAUCUCCGGCGUUAUCGCCCGGGGCGACAAGGACUUCCCCCCGGCGGCCGCCCAGGUGGCCCACCAGAAGCCCCACGCCUCCAUGGACAAGCACGCUUCCCCGAGGACACAGCACAUCCAGCAGCCUCGCAAAUGAGUGGCGAGGACCCCGCGCCCUCACCAGCCCUGCCUCCGUUCCCCGACACCUGGUAUUUCCCCAGCAAAGAGAACUGGCAUUUCUUCAAGACAAGCUCCACUGGGAGAUUUAAGACAGAGCAGAGCGCCCCUUCCUUUGCCUUGAAAUUCCGUAUCUAAAGCUAGAAUCAGACCCCAAAGCUUGUUUCCAGGGAGUCCUGGCAGGUGUUGUCUGCGAAUCACUGUGGCGCUACAAGUGCCAUUAGCAGAAGUUGCCAAGACUUGAGUGAAAUGGAAUUAAUUGUUCAGAGUUUAGCUUCAGUUCCGGUUCAUCAAUUGCCCUGGUCUCAAAAACAAGCGGGCACAAAUUUGGGAGGGUUAGAUCAGGUCAGGGGAAAACUCAAUCAUUUCAUGCUUCUCGGUAAGAGGACAAUAAAGUCUUAAUACCUAGUGGGAGAGAAAGAGAUGAGAGCAUUAAUUACAGAAAAACUGAGCAGGGGGGACUUUUGACACAGGCAACAGCAUCACUGCAUUUCUCUCCUUUGCGUGAUGAGGGGUCACAGCACAGGACGACACCAAGCGCUCCCAGGAGAGCCGGGGAAAAGCUUACAGCUUUGAAACGGCGCUUUCAUUCCAGGCGUCAUCUUGCUGAAAAACUUGCCCAGAGG